AUGAGUUCAUCCGGCUAUCAAGUUGUCAUAAGCCAUGGCCUACUUCCCUUUUGGCGGCGGAAUCGGGAUGAAAAUUUCAUUUUCAUGCAGGAUAAUGCACCCGUUCACGUCAGCAGAAGCAGUCGGGCUUUUUUCAGCCGUCAUCAGAUCCCCCUUCUUGCCCUGGCCGGCGAACAGUCCCGACCUAAACCCGAUGGAAAACGUGUGGGGUUUCAUUGUCCGAGGAUUUACGCCAGUAAUGCCCACUUUGAGAACGUCCGUGAGCUCAAGAAAGCCAUCGUUGAAGCGUGGCAUCAAGUCGACGAGAAGCUCAUCGAAAACCUUUAUAGGAGCAUGGACAACCGUAUUUUCCAGGUUAUACAAAGAAAUGGAGGUCCAGUAGACUAUUAA